UCUUUAGAAAACCACUCGUCCAUGUCAUCCUGUGACUCGGCUUGGAACCUCCCACUAGGGAUACGGACUAUUUAUACCGCGUGCAGCAUCCCGAGCCUUCUAGAGACACGCGAAUCUGAAAAAACAGACAUUCUUGAAGAUUUCUCGUUCGGAGUGCCAGCUCUAAUUCUGGCUACCACUAUGCCCCUGUUGGAGGAAAGUUCCUUGUCGAGAGACUGUACCCGAACUGUGCCAGUCGUUAUCAUUGGUAAUGGUCCAUCUGGUAUAUGCCUGUCAUACCUGCUUAAUGGAUAUACUCCUUAUUUGGAUCCCAAGGCUGUGCACCCAAACCACAUCCUCUUUCGUAAACUACAGGAAGCCAAACAGCUUCCAAUCACUGAACAGGACUUGGAGUAUCUUUGUGAAGGUUUAGAAGGACGUUCAGGGAACCCCGUGGCUGUGCUCUUCGACACACUCCUUCAUCCAAAUGCAGAUCUAGGUUUCGAGUUCCCCUCUGUUUUGCAGUGGAGACUUGAAAAGAACCAUCACAUUCCUCAUCUGGUCCUGGGCAAAGCUACACCUGGUGGUGCUUGGCAUGCAAUGGAAGGUUCAAUGUUGACCAUUAGCCUUGGCAUAUGGAUGGAGUUACCAGGAGUCAACUACAGAGACAUAACCUCAGGCAAAAGAAGGGCAGCAUCCAAUGAUCGAGCAACUCCAGAGGAGAUCUCCUCCUACUACAAAAAUUAUGUCAAGCUCAUGGGUCUCCAAAAAAACUUUUUUGACAAUACCUACGUCACCUCUGUUCAAAAACUUCACCGCAGUCACGAAAACAGACAUGAGAAUGAAAAAGACACCGGAGUGAAAAAUGGGUUUGAUAAUUGCAAUAAGAACAGCACAGAGAACAAGAAUGGAGUGGUAAAUGGGUUUAGUAAGAAGUUACAAAAUGGAACUGAGAAAAGCACUAGAAAUGGUGAGAUUGAGGAAGGUGAUGAAGAUAAACAAGGCAGAGAUGAAGAAAGAGAGAAAAUUGGGGUGUCCCAAGGGCUGUCACAGGGACUCUGGGAGGUCAGGGGUUACCAAAAGCUCCAAGGGGACACUCAUGUCCCUUUUAGUUUAUUUGCAGAGAAUGUUGUCUUAGCAACAGGGGCAUCUGACUCUCCUGCUCGACUGGGAGUUGAAGGAGAGGAUCUCCCUUACGUGUUUCACAGCGUGCGUGACCUUGGGGUUGCUGUCAGCUGUCACGGCAAACUAGGCUCUUCUUCAGACCCUGUUUUGAUUGUGGGAGCAGGGCUUAGUGCAGCUGAUGCAGUACUGUGUGCCCUGAACCAUAGGGUCCCCGUGUUACAUGCAUUUCGCAAGCGUGUUGAUGACCCAGGUCUUAUCUUCAAACAGUUGCCAAAGACACUUUAUCCUGAAUAUCACAGGGUCUACAACAUGAUGUGCUCCCAAGGUUACAAAGCAUCACCUAUUGCCAGUCCCACAGCUCCUUGUUCAUGUUUGUACCCCAGCUACAUAAGUUUUCCUGAGCACUGUGUGCUCUCCUUUCAGCCUGAUAUGCACUGUGUGAUGAGGGGAUCCAGUGGUGUUCUUAAAGUCUUCAAAGUCUCUAUGGUACUAGUUCUGAUCGGGACCUAUCCUAACUUAUUUUUCUUGAAGGAGCAAGGGCAGUACCUUGGCUUGGAUUCUAGUAGGCCAAUUUCUUGCAGGCAGAAUCCUGUCGACAUAAACCCUUACACCUUUGAGUGCAACGCUGAACCUGGGCUCUUUGCCAUGGGACCCCUUAUUGGUGACAAUUUUGUGCGGUUCUUGAAGGGUGGUGCUCUUGGCAUUGCUAGCUGUUUACAAAACAAACUAAAACAGAGGAUGAAGAAAAACAGGAAAUUGAUCGCAGAGGAAGGAGGAUGUGAAGGAUGGGGAAGAGAAGUAAGUGGGGAUGGAGGAGAAGGGUUUGUGUAAGUCUCUAAGGUCGGGCAUACACUGAGUUCCAUGCAAUCUGAGCACUCACCCUGUACAGAAAGAAUGCAUGCAAUAUAAAGCCAAAGUUCUGGACUCAUAUGCUCACACUAUUAUAUCUAAUCAUUUAGCAGCAACUUGACUGCUCAAGUAUAAAGUGUAUAUGAAGUCAGCACAAACUUCACCAAAGCAUUUUUUGUGCUACAAAACCUGAGCAACAGCUGUGAGCACUUCUCAAAAUGUCAAAGCAUUUAAAAACAUAAAACACAUGCUCAGCACUUGGCUAUGCAGCCACAUUUCAAAACGUGGAGCUUUCAUU